AUGACGGCCACGACAGAGAAGACCACGGUGGUCGUCCUCGCGACAACCGAGAAGAAUGCCGCCGACGAUGAAGUCAGUCAGAUAUGGCUCGAAGUACAGAACAGAGUCAUCCGUAUGGCUGGAGGAGACCCAUCGAAGAUCGACAAACAACUUGAUAUUGAUGGAGUUAUGCGAUAUCUGGAAGAGACUCAAGCAGCGGAUCAGAAAGCAGCCGACAAACACGGCACUGUCAAGAAAGCGUUCAACAGAACUUUGAAUUGCAUCUCCAAAGUUGGAGGUAUCAUUGCUGAUGGCGCUUCGUAUGCCUUCGCCCCGGCAAACACUUGUUUCAACGCUCUCACGUUUGUGAUUGGGGCAUGGCAGUCAUACUCGGCGGUUUUCGAGAGUCUCGCGGAACUGCUUGAGAAAUGUGCCCAAUUUCUUGAGCGUCUACCAUACUAUGGUGGUAUGGAUGCGUCUCUGAGAAAGGUGGCUUGCUGUCAACUCAAACUUUUCAUCGACGUCUGCGAUCGCACUCUUCAGCUCAAGCCGAAAAGACGCAAGAUCGAGAUGUUUUUUCGCCAACUUUUCCUGGACGACGACUUCAUCAAGGACCUCCUCGGUCAGAUGGAGAACCUGACCGCCAGAGAGCAUAGGCUCGUUUCUGCCCAGUCACUCAAGGCUGGCCAAGACGCUGCCAAAGCUUCCAAAGAGAGUGUCGUCAAACUUGACACUCUCAUUGAGAGCAAUGUGGCGCAGAAGCAAGACAAGUUGGAUCAGCACUUCAAAAGCAAGGUCCAAGAAGUUUUCUUCGGCAAGAAUGCAAAAGACUUCGACACAUGGGAUGCCGCGUUACGCAAGAAUAAGAGCUUGCUUCUCAAUGGCACCGGUGAAUGGUUGGACGAUGAUACCCUAUUCACCUCGUGGAUGACUGGCAGUAACGAAGCAAGUCCGAUCCUUGGGAUCGAGGGUGGGGAAGGUUCUGGAAAGACACUCCUGGCAACUCAUAUCAUCAGUCGACUACAGAAACACAGACUAUCGAACAGUGCGAAGGCCAGAUCGGCGAUUGCGUACUACUUUCUCGAGGAAGAUUCAAAGGACAACUCCAAGGCCACAUUCAAGAAGAAGCAUGUCUCCGAAGUGGUGUCGAAAGGUGUCUUGUGGCAGUUGGCUCAGAUGGAGCUUCCGUACCUCAAGUCCAUUGCUGGACUCUGUGACAAGGUGAACACCGAAGAUCCAUCGGAUAUCUGGAAUAAACUAUUGCUGGAGAACGAAGACCGCCCAGGCAUCGAGAGCACGUUCUUCAUCGUCAUAGACGGACUGGGCGACAAUAUCAAUGGGCUCGCUGGUCUUUUACAGAGAAUUUCGGCAGACGCAUCUCGUCUACGCACGCGUGUAAUCAUUACGGGCAACCAACAUAGCUUCGACGUGCUUGAGGAAGCGGGUGACAUGAGAGUCACCAGAAUGAAACUCGGUUUCCGGAACUCCAUUGACAUUGAGCUAUACAUCAUAGCCAGGAUGGACGCAAUGGAAACUUUGAAUGACGCCAGUCGAGCUGGCGUUGCCGAGACUAGAACGAUGAUUCUAUCAAGGCUCACAUUUGCGACCUCCGGCGACUACUAUAUUACGAACUCUGCACUAAGCACCAUUGAGGGUGUUGACUCCUUGUCCGAGAUUGAACAAUGCCUGAACGAAGUUGGCAGCGCCAGACCCAAGCAGAUUCUUGCUGACAUCAAAAAGCUCAACAUGACGCUCAAAUCGGCCGAGAUUGAUGAAGUCAAUGAAAUCAUCGUAUGGGUGAAAUGGGCAAGGAGAUGGAUGUCUCCUCUACAGCUGGAAGCUGCCAUACGUUUGAACACAAAUUUGGAGGCAUCCGGCCAGGUCUCACUUCGAUCUUUGGAGUCUAAGAUCCGGGAAAAGUAUUCUCUGUUGUUCAAGAUUGAAGAUAACCGGGAAAUCUCUUUCAGUGCGGAAGAGAUAGGGGAUAUUAUACCUGUAAAAAGGUAUCAGUCAAGUGGCACAGACUACGGCAGCGAAGAGCAGAUUUCGGCGGCGGAGAUCAAAAUCGUCAAACAUUACCUAUCAACGGUCUGCCCAUCAGAUGUCUACGACAAAUUUGGGUUCGAAGAGUUCUUUGCUCAAAAAUUAGAACGCAAGACCAAGUACAUCUGCCAGGACCCCGAUAAUGCUCAUCUCAUUCUCGCGAUGAGGUGCCUGCACGGCAUAUUGGAUGGGCAGACUAACAUGACACCUGGGGCAGUCAAGUUCCGGACCUACGCAACAGAUUGGCUGUUCGAUCACUUGGAAGAGACUGACCUCUCCCGAGCUGACCGCAAUCUCAAAGCGGAAGCCGGAGAACUUUUGGCCCGCCUGUUCACGGAGGAAUCUGCCAUCAAAACUCUCCUUGCAAGAGACUAUGGCCCUGAUAGGGAUGCGUUGUGCGUAAUAAGCGAUGUCUUAAUGCCUGGGAACUGGAGAACUUGGGUUUUCUCAAAUAGGGGCGCAUAUCUCAUGAGCAAGUGGUCCGACGACUCAAUGGUUAUGUCGAAGCUUCGCGACCGAGAGGAUGCACCAAGCACGCUGUGCAAUUUCAAUGGCAUUGGUGGGACGAGCUGGUACGAAGCGGCAGCAAGAGUGAUUGUUAAGGAGUUGCUCGAGGUAACUCAUUAUCAAAACACCAUGGCGGAUGCGUUCAGUCUGCUUUUUGGGCUCGUUAAACGGUUGGAGCAACGCGAAAAGGACCCUAUGGCUGCCACACAGUCCGGAAUUGACGACGAUGAAAUCUUCCGACCUACUAUGACCGAAUUUGACACGGUAGAGACAUGGGCGAAGGAAGAACUUGGCAUUGAAGAGAAUGAUGCACACUGGGAGGCGCAAAUGGCGAGGUUACUAUACUACAUCGAGAUGCCGAAAUAUGAGUGCGAGAAGAGAGCCCGGAGAGCGGUCAAACUUAAUCCUGAUGAUUGGUUCGCUGCUUACAACCUGACCCGCUCAUUCGACGAGGAUCGUGACGCCGAGGCGAUCUCGGUUCUCGAAAGCAUCGUUGAGAAAGUUUCGAAUCGUCCUCCCGGCACACUCAACCAGUAUGAUCGGGAGUCAUUUGCGGGUGUACUAGAAACCUUGGGCGAUCGUUAUUGGAACAUGCCCGACAAUUCCGGUACGGAAAAGGCAUUUCAUAGUUACCUGCAGGCCUUGGACCAAACUCAAGACCCUGCAGCCGGGAGCUACCGCCAAUUCAUCGCGAACAAGCUUGGGCAACGCAGGGAAUGGAAACUCAUUAUCGAGUUCUGCGAGAAGCUCCAUUCAUUCACAUUUGGUGGCAUGAAUCUGGCCAGCAAAAUCCUUGGCGACGGAACCGCGUACAACACUGGGGAGUUCUGGUACGCGAUGUGGAACGCUUGCUAUCGUACCGAGCGCUGGGAUUUGCUCGCGGAGAUGUGGAGAGGCACCAACAAAAAGUCCAGUGACCAAGAAAGAGACCCGUACUGGAAUAACUACACAAAUAUGUGGUACGCUAUCGGUUUGUUCCGUCGGCCUGGUCACGAGGACGAAGGUGUGAUGAUGUUGGAGGGUAUCUUCAAGGAGAACUGUGUCAUUGAGCGAGUACCAGUACCGUUCAUGCAAUUCGAUGUCGCUUCUACUCUUCUAGUCGCCUACAACAACAAAGCUUUCGCUGAAAAUACCUCCGCCGAUACAAGAAAAAUCUACGCCAAUAAGACAGAGGGUUUGCUCAAAGGCUUAGAUGAAGGUUUUCCAAUGCCUGAUCUCUGCCUACUCCAGCUAGCCCGAUUCUUUCACCUAGACGGAAAGCAAGACCGCGCCAGAGACCUUGUUGCCAAUUUCACGGCUCAAAGACUCGAGAUGCUCUCCGACGAAGAUGUCAGCAAUGACUACGAUUCGUUCCGCGAUCUGGCUCUCUUGUUCAUCGCGUUCAUCGAUGAAGCUCACAUAAUCGCAUGCUGGGAGAUGAUGGCUGUGUCAAGAUUUGCUGAACAAGCAGAGUAUGAACGCAAGAUGGAGGAAUGGCGCAAGCAAGAGGAGCGACAGAUCCGUCUAGAGGAUGCAGCCGCUGCGAAGAGAAAAGCCAUCGAACUGCCGACGACCGAUCAGAUGACCGAGUGUCCGAAGAAAGAGAGCCCAAAGGACGGCACAGAAGAGACGGCAGUGGAAGGAGAAGAGAAAGAGCCCGGAGAAGCGACAACAAAGGAGCUGUCAGAGGAAAUGGACGAGGCCGAAAUCAAGCCCUGGCUCGAUAUGCCGGAGAUGCUCGAUAAUUCGAUCUUCAUCUGCUCUGAGCAAUGUGGGUUCAAGACCAAUAUCCCCACUGGGAUUUGGCUCUGUACAACUUGUAUCGUUGGCCCUAGCCUCUGCAAUUCAUGCUACGCAGAUAUUGAGACCAAUGGAGUCAGGGACAUAACAUGCGGGAAGGAUCACAAGUUUUUCCAACUGCCUCCGUCCAGUAGAGACUCGAUCGAAGAGAUUCCGGUUGGUUAUAUCAGAGUUGGCGGCGAGCUUGUCGCCCUUGAGGCGUGGAAAGCAACAGUGCAUGCCAAAUACGGACCGAAUGUAGAGAAGAUAGCCGUGGCGGACGAGAGAUAUGAUGAGCAGAAGGAAGAGGAAUAG